ACCCAACAGCCGUGUGCAGACGCAACGCAGUUCAGCCAAGUGGAGAGAUGCUAGUGACCCAUACAAGGGUACCCAUGCAAAGUUGAGCUGCAAACAUAGGUAGAUUAAAGUCGGCAGUCGAGUGAAACUUUAACAAAUAUAUAUGUAUGUAUAUGUGUUGCUGGCGUAUCAGCAAAGUUUGGGGUUGUAAUUUUCGGAUACGAUAUUUUGUGCAAACUUGAAACAGCUCUAACGACCUCGCGAGCGAGAUUCCAGAACAGAGCAGAAGCAGCUAGCUAGCUAAUGCUAGCUGUUAGCCUUAAAAGCUAAAUACACAACAACCCCCCCAAAAAAAACAAAAAAAAAAAGCAAAAAAACAAAUCCAGCCACAUGGUUUCUGGAUUCACUGCAAGGAGCCGGGGAAGCUUUUUCGAGACUGGCCGAAGACUUGUCCCCCGGUAGUGUAGGACCACUCGACUCACAGCCCAGGUUGCUGCUGGUUAGCUCGGUAAUCAUAGCAUCAUCCCUUUGGUUGAACGGCUAGCUAGCGCCAUCGCUCAGCCUGCCUCUGCCUUCCGCCGACCUGCACUUCCCCCACUCUCCCUCCAGCCGGCUAGCCGCAGCGGUAGUUAGUCCGCCCGGUGCAUAAAAUGAAGCGACCAUCAGCAUUUCGGGACGCUGUGUGGCUCUUUGGAUUUUGCUGAUGCAUGAGGAGACAAUUCUGUUUUUGUGAGAUCUCUGUCAAGGAGGUCAAAAUCUGUACGGGGGAUGGACGAGCAGAAAUCAAACUGCGAAGAGAAUGACUCAGAACCAACAGCUGAUGACAAUGCCACUGAGAAGCAGCUUGCCUGCUCUGAUGAGGAGUCCAAGGCCCUUCCUGCUGCUGAGGAUGAGUCUGGUGCUAAUGCGGCCUCUUCCAGCCCACCAGUAGAGAGUGUUCGUGCCUGUGCGCUUUGUAACUGCGUGGACAGAAGCCUGCACGGACAGCGGGAACUGAGACACUUUGGGCCAUCUUCUGAGCGGCCGACCCUCAAGCCAUCAGCUACCCCACUGCCACAACCCGGAAAUGAUGACCUGUCUUCCAUUGGAUUUUCUGACUCCUCUUGUCUGACAGCACUCCUCGAUGACUCAGGGGGGUGUUGGGUUCACCACUGGUGUGCGGUGUGGUCGGAUGGAGUAAAGCAAACAGGGGAUGAGGAGCUGGAGAAUGUGGAUAAGGCCAUUAUCUCAGGGACACAGCGGCUUUGCGAAUACUGCAAAAGGCUGGGUGCAACCAUUCGAUGCCAUGCUGAGGGCUGCUCACGGUUCUACCACUUCCCCUGCUCAGCAGCCAGUGGGUCCUUCCAGUCCAUGAAGCAGCUGGUCCUCCUUUGUCCAGAUCACAUAGACAAGGCAGAGGAGUUGGCUGGCGAGGAGUCUUGGUGUGCAGUGUGUGACUCGGCAGGGGAGCUCACUGAUUUGCUGUUCUGUACGGGUUGUGGCCUCCACUAUCAUGCAGCUUGUCUGGAGAUUGGUGCCACGCCCAUCCAGCGGGCAGGGUGGCAAUGCCCAGAGUGUAAAGUGUGCCAGACCUGCAGACAACCAGGGGAAGACUCCAAAAUGUUGGUAUGCGAUGCUUGUGACAAGGGGUAUCACACCUUCUGUCUCCAGCCAGCCAUGGAUUCUCUUCCCUCUGAUCCGUGGAAAUGCAGAAGGUGUCGUGUGUGUAUGGAGUGUGGUGUCCGUGGACUGGUGCUGCCAGGUUCGGCCCAGUGGUUUGAUAACUACACCGUUUGUGAGGGAUGCCAGCACCACCGCAGCUCAAUGUGCUGCGUGUGCAGCAAAGCUGCCAACCCUUCUGUUGCUCUACAGUGCUGCAGCAUGUGCCGCAGAUGGGCACACAGUGAGUGUGCUUUACCAGGGGAGCUUCCAGAAGCCAAGGUCAUUUGCCUGCUUUGCAGGGAGGUUCAACAGCUGCCUGUUGCUCAACCAAACACGGCCGAUUUACAAACCAGAGAUGGGUCUGAGGAGACUGAAGGACAGGUGGAGAAGACAAUCCAAAUGGAUGCUCCCAUGGUGACAGAAGAGCAGACAGAGUUAUCAGAAGAGACAACAGGACCGAAAGGCACAUCAGAGAUGGACCAGGCUGUAGAUACUACAGAAAAAGAGACAACUAUGGAAUUGGGGGUGGAGUCUGCAGUUGUUCAGACAGCAGAUGUUGGGGAGCAAACAAUAAAGGGAGAGCCACAGGUAGCAACAGAAGGAUUCAAUUCUGAGGCACCAGCUGUUCCACUUGAGUCUAAAGAGUGUGCAACAGUGGAACAGGGAGCCUCUUGUCUACCUGCUGAUGAAGAGAGAGCAGAAGAGGCACUCAGCCAGAUGACCCAAACCACCCCUUCCCAGGACCCCACAGCAGAGACACAAUCUAGCGACAAACCUGAAGUAGAACCGGUGUCACAGCAAGGCCCUGAAAAUAUGGAGACGGAGGAGGAGGAGGAGGAGGAGGAGAAAGAGGCCACUCCCCCAGUGGCACAAGAACUCUCACAAGAGUUGUUGCAGAAGGGACCUGAUGGAAUGCCUAUUGCAGAACCAUUUGGUAAUGAUUGUCAAAAGUUAGGAGUGUCCACAGUCUCUGAGGACAAAUUAGAUGAUUUGUCCAUGGAUGAUAAUAAGCAGGAAGGAAGUCCAUGCCAGGAUCCCCAGUCUCCUACUCUUUCUUUAACAGCAGACACACAAGAAGCCCUCUCUGCCGUGGACAUGGAGAGGAGGUUACUACCUCACUCUGAGGAUGACGAGGAGGAGGAAGAUGAGGAAGAUGAUGAUGAGCAAAUGAAAGAAGACGGACAUACCGAUAUAAAGCAAGAACUGCAAGAGGUUAAGACAGAAUUGCUCCUGGAUGAAAUGUCCAAUAUGAGCCACGGAGAUGAGAGCAGCAGUGGCUUUCUGGGCUCUCCAGGGGAACCUGAUAGUCAUCUUUCCAUGGAGCUUGGCCUUGAAUCCGCAGGCCGUUCACACACGGAUAACCUGCUGAGCGAGACCGAUGAUUCCCUUCCCUUCGAACCCCUCAGAGGUGACAGAGAGAAGGCGAAACGUAGAGGUUCCCCAGGCCGCUCACGGGUUAAACAGGGGCGAAGCAGUGGUUUCCCUGGAAAGCGCAGACCCCGAGGCGGUGGUGGAGGGAGAGGACGUGGUGGGAGGUCACGCCUCAAAGCCAUGGCCUCCUGCAUUGAUGCAUUCUUGCUAAGCAUGACCACAGACACUGGAAUAAGUAAGGAGGAGGAGGAGGAGGAAGACGACACCAUGCAGAACACAGUGGUUCUUUUCUCAAACACUGAUAAAUUUGUCCUGCUUCAGGAUAUGUGUGUUGUGUGUGGUAGUUUUGGAAAGGGUGUGGAGGGACAGUUGCUGGCUUGUGCUCAGUGUGCGCAGUGUUACCAUCCUUACUGUGUGAACAGCAAGAUCACCAAGACGAUGCUCCGCAAGGGCUGGCGUUGUUUGGAGUGUAUUGUGUGCGAGGUGUGCGGAAAGGCCUCAGACCCUUCCCGCUUGCUGCUGUGCGAUGACUGUGAUGUCAGCUAUCACACGUAUUGCUUGGACCCACCCUUGCACACUGUACCAAAGGGUGGUUGGAAGUGCAAAUGGUGUGUGUGCUGUGUACAGUGUGGUUCCAACUCUCCGGGUUUCCAUUGUGAGUGGCAGAACAACUACACACACUGUGGCCCUUGUGCGAGCCUUGUCGCUUGUCCUGUAUGCAGAGAGAACUUCAUGGAGGAGGAGCUGCUACUGCAGUGUCAGUACUGCGAUCGAUGGGUCCAUGCUGUCUGUGAGAGUCUGUACACAGAAGAUGAGGUGGAACAAGCUUCAGAUGAGGGCUUUGCAUGCACCUCCUGCACUCCAUAUGUUCCAAAACCCGUGGUAGUAGAGUCAGCUAUUAUGGCUUCAAUAAAGAUCAAAGAGCCAGAGCCCCAGUUCUACCGGUUGGAAGGUGUUUGGCUGACAGAGUCUGGUAUGUCGCUGCUGCGCAGCAUCUCCAUGUCUCCGCUGCACAAGAGACGGCAGCGUCGUUCCCGUCUCGGCACUCUAUGCUGUGAAGGAGGUCCUGAUGGAAUGGAUCUGAGGGAGGUUGAAGGAGAAGGGGAGGAGGGCAAAGCAGGCUGUGGGGAUCCCAUGGAAUGUGAAUCCAAGAUGGAGCAACCAGGGAGUCCUGACAGAGAAGGCGGCGCUGAUGGAGGCAUUGACGGCAUGGCUGACUGUGACGGUCUCAAAGGUGGAGCAGAGGAGACAGAAGACAGUAAAAAAAGAAAGCGAAAACCUUACAGGCCCGGAAUUGGAGGCUUCAUGGUGCGACAAAGGAAGUGUCACACACGGAUGAAGAAAGAAUUCUUUGCCCAACUGGCUGGCGAGACAACGUUAGAUGGACAGCCAAUAGAGCGGACCAUUGAAGAAGGACCCCACCCUGAUACCGAUAACAUAAUGGAUCCCAAACCAGUGGAGGGUGAGGAACAGGCCAAGAAACGCCGGGGUCGGAAAAAGAGCAAACUGGAGGACAUGUUUCCAGCUUAUCUUCAGGAGGCUUUCUUUGGAAAGACACUAAUAGACUUGAGUAAGAAAGCUGUGAUGAUAACUCCUGGGCAGAAGCAGGGCGCAUCCCUUGUCCGACCUUCAAUACCAGCACCAUCAGGAGUUAAAAGUACCACCCAAGAGACUGAGGCCAAGGAAUGGGUGGUGGAAGGUAAUUUUCCACUCAAGCAAGAGAGAGGUGAGACACCCCACGCUCAGGGAGACGAUGCAGGGAUUUCUACGCCAACCUCGUCGCUGAAGGACCAGGUUUCAACUGAUCCACACGAUUCUGAUGCAGAAAAAAGUGAAGGUCUUCCGCAAGGGGUAGAGAGUCAGGACUCUGAGCAGUUCUUCAGGAAGGUUCUGGGAGUGUCGGAGAGCUCCUCAUUGGGGGGUAUGAAGCCCAUCAUGGAGGGCAGUAAGGGAGAACUCAAUCGUAGUGCUCUGCCACAAAGAGCUCUCCCCUCAGGGUCGCUGCCCCCAGCUGGAAUGAUGGAUGCCUUUCCUGGCCUGUCUCAGUCACCAUUCUUUGAGAUGCGGGACCGAGGGGGCCUGUUCAGUCCGGAUGGGGGGGAAGAGAGCCCCUGGGCCACUCCCUCUACCCCAGCAACUCCUUCCUCACCUCCAACACCUACAGAAGUAGAGGGUGAUGGGCUGUCCUACAACCAGCGCAGUCUCCAGCGGUGGGAAAAAGAUGAGGAGCUGGGAGAACUCUCAACCAUUUCCCCUGUUCUUUAUGCCAAUACCAACUUCCCCACGCUCAAACAGGACUACCCAGACUGGGCUAGUCGCUGUAAGCAGAUCAUGAAGAUCUGGAGGAAAGUGUCAGCUGCUGACAAGGUUCCAUAUUUGCAAAAAGCCAAAGAUAACCGAGCAGCUCAGAGGAUCAACAAGGCACAGAAGCAGGCAGAAAGUCAGGUGUGCAGGCCUGUCAAGACAGAGCCAGGACGUGCAAAGGGAGAACGUCCCAGUUUACACCUCCAAAUCCCUCCACCUUCAGGCUCCACAUCAAUCUCUUCCCAACCCAGUUCUGCAGAAAGCCCAUUUCCAUUCCCUCCUGAUUCAGGAUCAUCUUCUGUGUUUUUCUCUGAUGGACCUGUUAAGACCCCAUUGUCUGCUGAUAUCCGAACAGAUCCUUUGGCCAAGCUUCCUCCUCAGUCACCUCAUUGUCACUCACACCCAGCCACACCCUUUUCUCAUGCUGGGGCCAGUCCUUUACAGGCCUCUUCCUCAGGUUAUUCUGCUUCCGGCCCACAGGGUCCUCCUCAGGGAAGGCCAGCCAGUCUUGGCCCAUUUGACAUGCAACCAGGAACUCCUGGAACUCCCAGACGGGCUCAACAGGUUGACCCCUACUUUAGAUCACAGCUGCAACAACAACAAGGUCAUCUACCACAAUCACAGCAAGGCUCUCAGGAGUCCCUAGGACCUCCAGAAAGUCCUCAUUCGAGAGGGCUUGGGGAGUCACCCAUCUUCUCUCCAUCCCACAAUACUCACUAUGGAGACCCUUUCAGAACCCAGCAGGGGAUGGGAAGAUCAGAAUACGGUUCAUCCCCAUCACACUCUGCUGUGGCUUCCUCACCUGUGAGCACAGGGCAGUACAGGGCUGAUAUGAGUGCCCCAUCUCCACGCUCUGCAGUCGGAAGACCUGAGAUGUCCACCGGGUCCCCUGCUGGGAUGAUGGACUGUGGGGAUGGUUUAUUCAAGGCACCUAUGACGCCACGAAUGCACCAAGGGGAGGGAGGAGCACUUCAUCCUGGAGCUUCCCCUAGUCAUCAUUCUGAAGGCUACAGGCAGUCUCCCUCCCACACUUUCUCGGAUCCCCACACUCACCCAUCACUAACUCCCAGACCACAGUCUGGCGACGGUUGUUCUCUUGGACCCCAGAGGCACUGUGUAACUCAACAAGAACAAUGUCCUAGAGUGCCCUCUAGCCCACAGUCCCAGGGCAGCUCUCAGUCCCCCCAUACUCCUGGUGGCCUGUCCAAUGAUGCUUACUCUGUCCAGUCUCCUGCGACUCCUCGUUUCCAGUCUCCAGACCCUUGUUCACAACCACCUUCAAGGCCACAAUCCAGAGACCCUUUUGCUACUAUUCACAAACCACCUCGCACUCCUCUUGCUCCUGAUGGAACGACAAGUUACAAAACCUCACCUCAUCCUAACCACCCAUCUCCCGGCCAUCCCACCAACAGUUCGAUAGGGGAUCCUCUCUCUGGUAAACCAUCAGCACCCCCUACUUUCAGCCGCAACUCCAGCACAGGAGGCUUACAAAUAAACCAACAGCAGCCUCAGAUGGUACAAUGUCAGCUUCAGCAACCACAGCCACAGACUCAGUUGACAUUGGGCGGAGACAACCUCAGCUCCCGGGUGCCACCUCCUUCUGGUUCUCAAGAUUUACCAGCCGUUCACCCUCCUGAUAUACCUCAUCAACCACCUUUGCCAGGCACUCAGGAAAUGUCUGACAUUUCAGCAGUGCAAGACCCUUCAUUAGUAGGGCUUAGCCCAUCUGAGCUGGAGAAGCACAGACAGCGUCAGAGACUGAGGGAAUUCUUAAUUAGACAACAAAUGCAGAGAAAGGAGGCUGCUGCAGCCGCUGUGGGUGGCGCAUCCCCUGGUUGGUCUGGAGGAGAGAUGGGAACGUUUCAACAAGAUAAGGCCCACAGAGCACCACCACCUUAUCCACAGGAUCGAGUUGCUGCUACUACUUCUGGAGCUCAGGCUUCUAUGGCAGGGAAGAUGCCAAUGGCUGCGGGAGGCAUGGAUGAUAAGCUCAUUCGCCCACCACCUACAGGAACCCCUGCUGUUGUGGAUCCUAGCACACUAAGGCUACCAGGGCCGACCAGACCUCAAGGCAUGUUUCCCCGUCCACCAUUCCCUCCUCAAUGGCAGGGUCAGGCUCCAGGUCCAAGGAGGUUCCCCCAGCCUGGCAUGGAGUCUAUGGGCAUAAGGCACAGUCUUAACCCUGCUAUCAACAUCCAGGGUAUGGAAGGAAUGGGUAACCCUCACAACAUGAUGCCAGGACAUGGGGGGGAGACCAUGCAGCCUCUGGCUCAAGGACCCCCUCAACAGUUCAUUGAAUUAAGACACAACUCACAAAGGUUACCCCUACGGCCACAGUUCAUGCCCCGUGGACUCCAGCCCAGACCACGUCUCUUUGUCACACAGCAAGAUAUGGCAGCACCUUAUGUUCAGCAACAUCCCAUAGCUCAGGCCGGUGGUAUUCCAACAGACAGAGGCAGUGACUCACAAUUAGGGUUACCGCAGGGUGGACUGUCCGUUUUAUUGCCUCAGCAGUCCACAGGUUCAGUAAUACAGGAGUCCCAGUUGCAACAUCAACCAGCUUCCUCCACACCAAACACUCCUAGCGCUCAGCAGCAUCGCCUUUCACAACCAACCCUUGUCUCGGAGCCCCAGCCUGCAACAUUAGACAGCAGUGAGGAACUGCCAGAGCCUGACCUUGAGGGACUGGGGGAUGCUCCAGGAGAUGGAGGUGUAGAGGACGAGGAUGAUUUAGCUCUUGACUUGGACCCUGAUAAGGGUGACGAUGACUUGGGCAACCUGGACAACCUCGAAACCAAUGAUCCACAUCUAGAUGACUUGCUUAACAGUGAUGAGUUUGACCUGCUGGCCUACACUGACCCUGAACUGGACCAAGGAGACCCUAAAGAUGUCUUCUCAGACCAGCUUCGGCUUGUGGAAGCAGAAAGUGAAGCACCUUCAUCUUCUUCUGGAUCAGCAAAUAUUAAAGUGGAAGCAAAAGCCAAGGUGGAGACGGGACAGAAGUCUCUCAAGACGGUCCCUGUUACAGCUCAGGGCUCUGCUACCAAACUGCCAGAAAAUGCUGAUAUCUCUAAAGUCCAAGUAGAAGACAAAAGUCUGCAGCCAGGACAGACAGUGGUGAAAGAUGAAAUGGGAGAGGCAGUGUCAGUGCUUCUUGGCGGGACUACACCAACAGCCAAAACUGCACAAGCAGAAAAUCAGUCAGCAUCACUCAGUUCUGUUCGAUUAGGGGGACUUCCCUACCCCUUGCCAGGCCAGGCUGAUGCGUUGCCUUUUCCUCCAGCUGCUUCACAUGGAGACAUUGAUGAUCCGCUAGGGCUACCUGAUGUAGGGGGGCAACACUCCCCUGCUGUGGAUUUGGCAAAGGUAGAGAGCUCCUUAGAUGGCGAACUGCCACUUUUAAUACAAGAUCUGCUGGAACAUGAGAAGAAAGAACUACAGAAACAGCAACAACUCAGUUCGCUUCACCAGGUCAAUUUUCCUGGCCUCCCGAGUCAACAUCCAAACCCACAGGCACCAGGGCAAAUAAUGCUGCCACACCAUCAUCGUCCACCACCCCAAGGAAUGAUGACUCAGUCAGGAAUGGUUCCUCGUGCUCCACACAUGUUGCAGCAACAACAACAACAACAACAACAACAACAACAACAACAAAGGCUUAUGGGACCUGGAAUGGUACCUCAACCUCACAUGGCCAUGACCCAACAGCAAGCCAUGAUGAGGACCGGGCAGCCAGGAAUCCAUACUGGUGUCAGUCAUCCAACACAGCAGCAACCAGUGGUAAAACAAGCACCUCUUGCCAACAGUUUCUUCCCAGAUAAAGAUUUAGACAAAUUUGCUACCGAUGACAUCAUGGAUCCCAUCGCCAAGGCAAAGAUGGUGGCACUUAAGGGUAUAAAGAGAGUGUUGGCACAGGAUCCAAUGGUUGUUUCUCCUGGCAUUAACAGGCAACAGGUGUCUUUGCUUGCUCAGAGGCUGGCUUCUGCCCCUGCCGCAGAUCAAGGUCAACUUACAUCUGGGCCUCAAAAGGAGGGAGAAACAAGUGAUCCUACCCAUCCAAGGCCUAAUCCUCCUCAGUUUGUGCAAGGAAUCAUCAAUGAUGCAGAACAGCACCAAUAUGAAGAAUGGCUUCUUCAUACCCAGCAAUUACUACAAAUGCAAUUGAAAUUCUUGGAGGAACAGAUUGGAGUUCACCGUAAAUCACGCAAAGCACUGUGUGCUAAGCAACGCACGGCUAAGAAAGCUGGCAGAGAGUUUGCUGAGGCAGAUGCAGAGAAACUGAAGUUGGUUACAGAAGAGCAAAGCAAAAUUCAGAAACAGCUUGACCAGGUGCGCAAGCAACAGAAGGAACACACCAAUCUUAUUGCAGAGUACAGAAGCAAGCAGCAGCAGCAUCAGCAAGGCUCCGGUCUUCUUGCCCCAGGCCAUUCAGCACAGGGGGGGCCCUCUCACAUGUUUCCCAAGGUUCCUAACCAGAUGAUGAUGGGCCAGCAGGGAACACCAGUAAUGGGCCAGCACCCUGGCAUGAUGCCCCAAGGUGGUAUGCCGGUCAGGAUGCCCCAAGGGCAGCCUUUUAUGGCUGCAGCCCAACCACAGCAUCCUGCUGCUCUUGGUGCCAGGGCCCCAGCUCCUGGUGCUCCAGCAGGAUUCUUCCCACAGGGGCCUGGAAUGCAAGGUGCAGACCCCAGGCUUCUUCAAGAAAGACAACUUCAGCAUAGGAUGCAGAUGGCAAAGCUCCAGCAACAACAGGCGAUGAUGGGCCAGCAACCAAUGCCACACCCAGGUCAACAGCCUGGUUUAAUCACUCAACCACAGUCUGGUAUGAUGGGGAACCAAGUUAUGGUCCAACAACAAGCAAACACUCAACAGGGAAUGAUAGCCAAUCAGGCUAAUCAGCAAAACAUGAUCCCACAUGGAAUGGUUGGGGGACAGUCUGUCGUUCCACCACCACAGAGCCUUGUUGGAGGACAGCCCAUUAACCAUGCUCAAGCUAUGAUGGCAGCUCAACCAGGAAUUAUGGGGAACCAGCCAGUUGCACCGUCACAACAACAAAGGCCUCAGCUGAUGAUGCCUCAACAGAAUGUGGUUGGAUCUCCAGGUCACCCUGGCCUUAGGGGACCCCAACCCCAGUUGACACCACAACAACAGAACAUUCUGGCCCAACGCAUGCUUGCAUCUCAGCAGCAGCAAAAUGUUGCCAAGAAUUUAGCUCACCUUCAGCAGCAACAAAUGACACAGCAAAGACAACCACCACAGUUGAUAAGUCAGUCUAGCCAAGAACAAGGAGGACUUUCCCAACCCUCUACCCCACAGAUGGGCACCUCUCCAUCAACAGGAAGUAACACACCCCAACCACAGGGCUCUGCAGACAGCCAAAACUCAGGGCCCAAAGAAGGAGGUCUCCUCAGCCCUGAUUCAAGAACACCACCACAGCACAGUGGAUCCUCUACUCCCAAUCAGAUGUCCCAGUUAGGUUCUUCAAAUGAUCAUCAAACUGACCUGGGCCAACAACAGUUACAACAGCAGCAGCAUCAAAACCAGAUUUAUACAACCCAGCAGCAACAGCAAAAUCCUCAAUCUGUACAUGAUCAACAAACAGGUUUGGUUGGAAACCAGUUUCAGCAACAGCAGCAACAACAACAUCCACUCACUCUCCAGAGGCAAGGUUCCCUUAGUGCCGACAACCCCAGUUUAAUGACUAUUAAAGAAGAAGCUAAACCAAUUGAUUUCUUAGCUCAACAACAACAACAAAAUGCCACACAAAAAUCUCAGGAUCCCACCACGCAGCAGCAGAUCAUGGGGCAGAACCACCCUGGCCUGCAACCACCUGUGAUGGGCCACAAUCCACAGCAGCAAGCCCUGAUGGCGCAACAGCAGAAACAACAGGCCAUGCUUGGCAUGAUGAGAGCCCAGCAACAAGGGAUGAUGGUGCAGAGACCCGGGGUUCCACCGAACCAGAUCCGCACGCCUAUAAACAUCCAGGCUAUUAUUGCUCAGAAUCCUCAGCUCCGAAAUCUUCCCCCUAACCAGCAGAUACAGCACAUUCAGGCCAUGAUUGCACAGAGACAGGGACAGAUGCUGCGCAUGUCUAUCGGCCCAGGCCAACAAGGUCAGUUGAGGCCACAGGUUGGGCAGCAGAUGCAUGCGAUGGAAGGCCAUCAGAUGCAAUAUGGAGCAAUGGGUAAUCAAGGACCAGUGGGCCCUCAGCAACAGCCAGGCAUGUUGGGCCAACAACCUGGUGUUGCUCCUCAAAUACAGCAAGGACUGAUGGUCCCUGGACAACAGCAGCCACAAACAGGGGAGAUGAUGCAGCAACAUAUGAUGAGAGGCCAGGUACCAGUGCCACGUUCCCCCAUGGACCAAGGCCGUAUGGUGAGGCCAGCAUCUCCACGUCAGCCCAUACCCCACUCUCCUGGAGACCCACAGCGGCCUACAUUUAAUCAAGGUAUGGGGAUGCGUCCGCCUACUCCCAACCAGAACCAACAACAGGCACUAAUGGCAGCUGCAGCAGGACGUGCGCAGGGCUCUCCAUCUCAUGCAUAUUCGCCGAGAGGUCCCUUUGGCAUGAGCCCAGCCCACCCAUCCUCACCUCAUUCAUCCCAUAUCUCCUCACCUUCUAUGGCUGACAGUAGGGCAGGAAGGGGGAGUCCAUACAGCCAAGUCAAAGCGUCUCCUCUCAGGUCACCUGGAGCCAAGAGUCCACUUGGUUGUCCAGGACUCAAAAUAGAAACUCAGAUAUCAGGCAAUGAAACAUCUGUGACAGCAUCAGUUAUGCCUAAUGGGCCACAGAAAGGCAUGAAUGUUCAGCAACAGUUACAGCAGGUUACAGAAGGGCAUAUGUCACAAACGCACCAAGGGGAGAUAUGCAAGAUGACAAUACAGAACAUUAAACAGGAACCAAGAGAGGUUCAGUGUGACAGUGCGCCACAAGCUCAUCCUGGGGCUAUAAAACGAGAAGGAACUGGUGAAAUGAUUUCCUCUGGGAACAACACUGGUGUUGUUAAUGCUGCAAACAUGGGUAGAGACCCGGGGACUCAAGGUCCUAGAUCAGAGACUGGACAACAACUUCUACAGAAACUCCUGAGAACCAAGAACCUUCAGCUGGGUGCUCAGAGGCCUUCAGAAGGCAUCCACAAUGAGAUCAAUGGUCACAUCAACAGCAAACUGGCAUUGCUGGAGCAAAAACUUCAGGGGACUCCACGAAAUAUGGAGGAUUUGCAGUCUAUAACAAAAAAGGCUCCUGUACAAAAACCAAAGCGCACUAAUAAGGCAGCUGGAGACAGAGGGCCUAACUCACGGAAGAAGAAAAAGGAUGAGGCUGAAAAGAGUGCAGAAGCCCUGAUAAAACAACUCAAACAGGGUCUCUCUCUGCUGCCCCUGAUGGAGCCCUCAAUCACUGCCAGUCUGGAUCUCUUUGCCCCUUUUGGAAGCAGCCCAGCCAAUGGCAAAGCACAGCUCAAAGGAUCAUUUGGAAACGCAGUGCUGGACAAUAUCCCAGACUACUACUCCCAGUUACUUACUAAGAGUAACCUCAGCAAUCCCCCAACACCCCCAUCCUCCCUGCCACCUACUCCUCCACCAUCCGUGCAGCACAAGCUGCUGAAUGGAGUGACUCCCGGGGAAGACAUGUCUGAGGCUCCGAAAGACACAGAGACAGCAGAGGAGCCAAUGGAUUCUGUUACAGAGGAGGUAAAGAGCGUAGACAUUCUGGCUGCUCUUCCCACCCCACCACAUAACCAAAAUGAAGACAUAAGGAUGGAGAGUGACGAUGAGGAUGCUCCAGAAAGCAUCAUCCCUGCCUCAUCCCCUGAGAGUAAUGUAGGAGAUGAAACACCACGUUUUCCUCACCUUCGAGAGCCUAAAGAGGAGGAGACGGAGAGGGCGAUAUCCCCCAUCAUACCCCUCAUACCACGCACUGCCAUCCCAGCGUUCCCAGAAAAUAAACCAAGUGAAGCAGCUGACAACAAGGUAGUGUCCACAUCCAACCACUGGGACAAGGACAAAAGCAAUGAGGUGUCUGUUACCUUUUCGAUGACGUCUGCUGCAGCAAAGAGACUGAAUCAUGUGAUGAUGGCCGUGGCCCAGCUCCUUAACAUUAGGAUGCCAAGUUCUUAUGAGAUCACUUUCCCUGACCAAAACCCUGACAUGCCUGGAGUCGAUGGGCCUGGGAAAGGACCCGGCCAGUCAGGGGCACUCUGUUCAAAGGACAGUCCGUCACCUGGUCAGGAUGAGUGGUUGAGGCAGUUUGAUGUGUCUCUACCUGGAUGUACAUUGAAGAAACAAGUGGACAUCCUGGCACUUAUUAAACAGGAAUUCCCGGAGAAAGAAGACAAACCGGUCCAGCACUGUUACACAACCAAUGUAAAUGAUUUGGAUGUGCGCCACCUUCCUGUUAUACCAGUCGAAGAAUCUCCGCCCCCGUCGCCAUCUCCUCCUCAGCCUGCGCCAUCUCUCCCAGUUACAACGAGUGAAGCUGAACUUCCUAAAAAAUCCCCUUCGCCCUCCCCCGCUCCCUCCAGUCCCACCAAUGUCCAAACCAAGACGGAGCCCGAACCAGAUGUUUGUCCUCCAGCUGAUGCUGCUCAACCAACUGAUGUCAAUGAUACAUCUGAGUCUGAAGUUGCUGCUUCAGAGUCGGUCACUGAACCACCACAACCACCACCACCACCAGCAGCCUCUGCAGAGUCUGAGCCUAAGGUUCCUGCUGAAGAUCGCCUGAGUCCUGUUGUAAAGGAGGAAGAGGAUUUGGUCCCUGAUCCAGCUCAGCCUCCUAAAGAUUCUCCCAGCACCAUGGAGUCUUCCCCGAAGGCUGUGAAGCAGCGUCGGCCUCUCUCGCCCGACGAGGAGGUGGUACACCCCAAAGUGAAAAAAUGGAAGGGGAUUCGCUGGAAGCGUCUUCAGAUCGUCAUCUCAAUACGCAAGGGCGGCUCUAAGAAAGAAAGCAGCCGCGAAGUGUCCGAGCUGAUGGAACGCCUGCGCAUCACUCUUCGACCGGAAAGGCUGCCGCGAGAUAAACGCAAGUGCUGCUUCUGCCACGAGGAAGGUGACGGCGCCACGGAUGGGCCCGCCCGUUUGCUUAACAUCGACGUGGACCUGUGGGUGCACCUCAACUGUGCUCUGUGGUCCACGGAGGUGUACGAGACACAAGGGGGCGCCCUGAUCAACGUGGAGGUGGCCCUGCGUCGCGGGUUGCGGACUCUUUGCGCGUUCUGCCAGAAAACCGGCGCCACCAACAGCUGCAGCAGACUGCGCUGCCCGAACGUCUACCACUUUGCCUGCGCCAUUCGGGCACGCUGCAUGUUCUUCAAGGAUAAGACCAUGCUGUGCACCCAGCACAAGCUGAAGGGCCCCAGCGACAAUGAGCUCAGCACGUUCGCCGUGUUGCGCCGCGUCUACAUCGAGCGCGACGAGGUGAAACAGAUCGCCAGCAUCUUGCAGCGAGGCGACCGUAUCCACCUUUUCCGCGUCGGCGGUCUCAUCUUUCACGCCAUCGGCCAGCUGCUGCCCUCACAAAUGGCCAACUUCCACUCAGCCACUGCCAUCUUCCCCGUUGGUUACGAAGCCACCCGCAUCUACUGGAGCACGCGCGUUCCCAACAAACGCUGCCGCUACCGCUGCCGCAUCAGCGAGGACGAAGGGCGCCCUCUGUUUGAGGUGCGCGUCCUGGAGUACGGCAUGGAGGAUUUGCAGUAUCGCGAUACUACUCCAGAGGGGAUCUGGGACCGGGUGGUUCAGCAGGUGGCUAAGCUCAGAGAUGAAUCAUCCAUGUUGAAGCUAUUCACCGAACAUUUGAAGGGAGAGGAGAUGUACGGCCUCACAAUUCAUGCUGUCAUGCGAAUCACUGAAUCGUUGCCUGGAGUGGAGAACUGCCAGAACUACCAGUUCCGAUAUGGCCGACACCCUCUGAUGGAGCUUCCCCUCAUGAUAAACCCCACUGGCUGUGCUCGCUCUGAGCCCAAGGUCCCCACACAGUGUAAAAGGCCUCACACUUUAAACAGCACCAGCGUGUCAAAGGCCUACCAGAGCACCUUCACCGGGGAGCUCAACACACCGUACAGCAAGCAGUUCGUCCACUCCAAGUCCUCCCAGUAUCGGCGCCUGAAGACCGAGUGGAAGAACAACGUGUACCUGGCACGGUCGCGCAUCCAGGGCCUGGGGCUGUACGCGGCGAAGGACCUGGAGAAGCACACCAUGGUCAUCGAGUACAUCGGAACCGUCAUACGCAACGAGGUGGCCAAUCGCAGAGAGAAGAUCUACGAGUCGCAGAACCGUGGGAUCUACAUGUUCCGCAUCAACAAUGAGCAGGUGAUUGAUGCCACUCUGACCGGUGGUCCAGCUCGCUACGUCAACCAUUCCUGUGCCCCCAACUGCGUCGCCGAGGUGGUGACAUUCGACAAGGAAGACAAGAUUAUCAUCAUUUCCAGCCGCAGGAUCCCUAAAGGAGAGGAGCUGACAUACGACUACCAGUUCGAUUUUGAGGACGAUCAGCACAAGAUCCCUUGCCAUUGUGGUGCUUGGAACUGCAGAAAGUGGAUGAACUAACCAGGAGAAAUGGAAAAACUGGAGAAUCGCCCUCUCGCUGGUACCAGAACACUCCUGCGCCAAAGCCUUUGAAUCCUACAUAGCCAGUGCAUAAGCUGUUCUGAAAGAGAUGGAGGAAGGCUGGCCUCCGCUGUUGAAAGACUAAAGUGUUGACGCCUGUAGCCAAAGGUCUGAAGAGCAUUAAUCAAUAAAAAGCAACCGACCACCUCGUCAUCAGCAUCAGCUUGAUGGCGGGACUAACUUUCACGUUUGGACUAGUGAAUCACCCCUUCCUCAGCCAAAACCCCCUCUCCCCCCACUCCCCCCCCUCGCCUUUCCGACUAUUCUACCCUCAAUAAGCUUCAGUGGCUGGAAAACAAUCCUCAACAUCUACCAAAUGAUUCUGACCCUCUUGAUAUCAGUACUCGUAGUGCAGAGCUCGCCCGGAGCUACGAAAAAAAGCCAUUUUAAGAUACUAAGAAUGAACUAAGGAUGCAUUUUUAUGUUUUAAGCCGGACCUAUUUCCUGUCCCGCCUGACCACACCUCCCCCCUCACCUCCCAGUAAAAAAAAAAAAAAAAAAAAGGCACUUUUCCAUCGAGUCUCUCGACGACGUCGACACAGAUAUUGGCUAGCUAGACAAUCUUGAUGUGGCUCUGUGUAAGGACUACACGUGAUGGAUGGGAAAACAAACCGAAACAUGUACAAUUUGAGAUGCUUAUUGAUCUGUGGCUCCACUGGCACCAGAUGUUUUGACUGCGUGGAGUCCCAGGGUGGGUUAGUUGGACCCAGUCUACCUCACUGAUUUUAGCGGGAAGCGACUGCUUUGUAUAAAAAACUGUUAACUGCUACUGUGGAAUUACUCUGUGGGGGUGAAGGGGCGGGAGUGGUGGUGGUGGUGGUGGUGGUGUGUGUGUGUGGGGGAGGGAGGGAGGGAGGGAGGGUUGUUUUUAUGGGGCUUAGCCUUCUCGGACAAGCAGGGAAACUUAAGCAGCAGGUUUGCUCUAUCUACUCUAUGCUGAUGAUGAUUUACAAUAAUGAGCCAACAUAAUUAUUAUUCAUGAAUUAUUUAUACAGAGGAAAUAUAUGACAGUUUUGAUAAGAUAUUGCAUUAAAGUCACAAUCAAGCUUAGUGGGUGUCCUGUAUGCCACCAAAUCAUCCUGGAUAUUGAUGUAGCUUUGCUUUUUUUUUUUUUGUUCUUUUUUUAUUUAUGCAUCUCAGAAUCAUGCUAAGAGCUGUGUGUAAGCACAAUAACAUCCACAUUUUGCUUGAGACGGCAACGGUGCGAGCGAAAUGGCUCGAAGGUUCACGGAAAGAAUUAACCCAAGUUCAGCUCGUCGACGAGGAGCCAGUGGAUGCGCGACUACUACUGUCCCAUUUGACGCUUUUUUUUUUUUUUUUUUUUGGAUUCGCCGGCAAAAAAAAACCUUCUCACGACUCCUCAACCUUAAACUCUGAAUCAUGCCUCUUCCUCUCUGUAUUAUUUAAAGGACUGUUGUUGAACUUUACUGUAGUAAGUCUUCCUCCGCCUGAGUACAGCCUGCGGUGUUUCUACUUCUCCCUCCUCCUCCUCCCCCCUCCCUGUAGUGUGCUUUUUCUAGUGCUGGUACUGUCUUCUCGAGGCUGAACUGAUGGCAGGGAAAGACUUAUUGGAAAAAAAAAAAAAAGGGCAUUUUGUUUUCAUUUCUGUGCAAGAUGAAUGAAAAACGUCUUUAAAAGGGAGCUUUACUAAAACUCCGACUUCCCGUACUACUUUUGUUUCCUCCUCCCCCUUUAACCUAAGACCUCACAUGAUUUAAAAAUGCAAAGUUGUACAAACUGUAAAUAUAGUAUAUGCAUUAGGGGGGGCGGGGGAGGGGGGAGGGGGGGCAGUAACUCUUUAUCCAGCCCCUUUGUAAUCAAUAAAGUCAAAAGUGUAGAAAAAAUAAAAUUGAGAAACGAAAAAAAAAGAAUUCAACCACUGGAUAUCAUUUUAACAAAGAUAAAGCUGUACAUAAAUAUAAAUAUAUGUAAAAUGGCAAACUAAUAUCUUUAUGUAUAUGAACCAGAGUGUUUUUUGCAUUUACCUGUUUUUCUAUUAGUGUUUUUUGCUAUAAGCGCUCAGAGUUUGUUAAAAAAAAAAAAAAAAAUAGGCGUGAGGAAAGACUCCUCCGAGCGGCCGAGGUUUUGGGUUCACGCGGAGGAGAGUCGUUUGUUAGACAUUAAAAAAAUCACUUCUCGCAUACAGCAGUACAAUGGUGCAUAGCAUUUGUAUUUAUGUAAUAUUGUUCGUGUUUAUUUUCCUUCGUUUUUUUUUUUUUUAUUUAUGCUACUGCUUGUUGAUUACCAAAACCUGUCCCUUAAUCGGUCACAAUUGGAUUAAAUAUAGUCUUGAAUGGAAAAACCUUGAAUCCCUGAGAAUCUUGUUAGUGUUUUUUUUUUUUUUUUUGCAGUUUUUUUCUAUCUUCCCUAUAGAAGUGAAUGUGUUGGUAAACCUUGUGAAAUGGUUCCUUGGCCUAAUGUAUGUUAUGAUGUAGUACUCAAAGUUAAUCCCAUACUUAACCUGGUAAUGAAUUGCACUCUCAUAGUAUAACAGAGAACUUCUCUAAAGUGGUAGAUAUUGAUCAAGUACCCGAAGCAGUGAUAUAUAUAUCUAUCUAAAUAUAUAUAUAUAUAUAUAUAUAUAUUUUUUGGUAUGUUUCUAUUUCAAGGGAUGACGAGACAUUAUUAAGCCGCUCACUGGAUUUUAGCCUAAAUGAUUUUUAACUUCUCUGAAUCUUAAUUUAAGUUCUCUGCAUAUCUUAUAAUUUAAUAAAGUUUGCUCAAAUUGAAGGUUUUUUUUAACCUCACCUACUUUUUAAGAAAAAAAAGAAAAAAAAAGAUGUCGCAUCUGUACAGCAGAGAUACUUUUAGGGAAUAUGAAUAAAUAUAAUGAUCAUUUUUAUUGUAUGUGGCAUGUUUUGUAUGGAUAUUAUUUUGAAUUGUACAUAUUUUUUUCAGGACGCCAGAGGUUGCAUCUCUUUAUAUACUGGUUUCCCACGCUCCCCUUUCUCCCCCUCUCCCCCUCUUCAUCUUAUUUCUUUGUCUGCUUUUGUUUCUUGUAAAGGAAAAAUAAAAUGCAUUUUAAAUAUG